AUGCCGUACAGCCACCUUCGCUCUCUCGUCUCAAAUAAUCCUUCUAGGCAAAAGACACUGCAGCACUUUGGGGGCUUUCGAAGCAGCAGCCGCAGGAGCAGCAGCAGCAGCAGCAGCAGCAGCAGCUUGCGGGGCAGCCGCCUGGGCCGCGGAAGUGGCCAGACAUGCAGCAGGAGCCGCAGCAGAAAUGGCUGCAGCAGCAGCAGCAGCAGAAGCAUCCUGAUGCGAGCCCCCAGAAAGCGCUGCAGCAGAGCAGCAGCUAAACUUGCUGCUGCUGCUGCUCUCACAACGAGGAGCAGCGGCAGAGGCUGCAGCAGCAGCAGCAGCAUUCGGGGGGUGAAGACCAUCCGCAGCAGCAGCAACAGCAGCGGCAACAGCAGCAGCAGCAGACAUGCAGGCCGCCGCCGCGCUGCUGAGCGAUCUACCGAAGCUGCUGCUGAUGAAGACUCGAGUGCUGCUGCUCGUGCUGCUGUUGCUGCAUCUGCUGCUGCUGCGCCUGCUGCUCACAGGGGCAGCAGGCGCAGCAGCAGGAGCAGCAGCGGCAGCAGCAGCAGCAGCAUGCGGCAGCUACGAAGGCCUCCACUUCAAAAAAGACGCCGCGGGGGCCCUCCUGCUGCGGCAGAAACGCGCCAUGCUGCUGCUGCUGCUGCUAAGGGAAGGUCUCCCGCUGCUGCUGAUUCUGCUGCUGCUGCUGCUGCUGCUGCAGUAAAAGAUGCUGCAGGCAGCAGUGGAUCCUCAUGCAAACGCGAGAAGAAGCGAGCAGCACGGUCUCCAGCAGCCGGUGCAGGUGCUGCACCUGCUGCUGCUGCUGCACCUGUUGCUGCACCUGCUGCUGCACCUGCUGCUGCACCUGCUGCAGCUGCUGCAGUUGUUGCCAAGUCUUCGAGUGUAUGCACCCCUUCGCCAAGAACUAACAGAGGGGAGUCCAAUGUUCGGACACCGCAUCCGUUACAGAAGUACUUCCGGCUGGAUUCGCGGCGUCUGUUCCUUACUGGAAUGAGAGACGCUCGGCAAGUCGAGGGUUUAGCUGCCUUUUUGCUGCAGCAGUUUGCGGGCGCUGAAGCUGCUGCUGCUGCUGCUGCACCUGCUGCAGACUCUGCCGCAGCAGCUGGGUCUGGCGACCGCAAGCUGCGCACGCCUACGAAGUCUGAAAACAAAAGCCGCGGUGCUUCUGGCCUAAAGAGGAACCAGAAGCAGCAGCAGCAGCAGCAGCAGCAGCAGGAAGACAGCAGCAGCUGGGACGAAGCAUCCGACAGUGAUGGAGAAGGCUGGGAUGAGUGUGGGGCCCCAAUGGCUUUUUCACUUUGUGUAGAUGAGCUGAAGCAGGAGCCGUUUGUUGCGCUGCUGCAGCAGCUGCUGCAGCUGCACCAGCUGCAGCAGCAGCAGCAGCAGCAACAGCCGCAGCAGCAGCAAAGCUUCCCCGUCCUGAGACACCUUCAGCUGGACCUUGUGGGCAUCGAGUGGACACCAGAUGUUCUCGAGCUGCUGCAGUUAGUGCUGCAGCAGCAGGGUCCCAGCCUCUGCAGCGUUUCUCUCCGCUGCCGGCUGCCCAGCAGCUCUUUGGCUUUGCUGCUGCAGGCGCUGCCCCCCACCCUGCGGGCUCUUAACAUAUCUGAGAACACGUGGGUUCACAGCAGCAGCAGCAGCAGCAGCUGCUGCUGCUGCAGCAGCAGCAGCGGGGGCGCUUGCGCCUUCGGCAGCUACGGUGCUGCAGCAGCUGCGCCCACGCAGAUAGACCUGGACGCAGUUGCUGCGCUGCUGCUGCUGCUGCGCUGCGGCCGCCUCCGCUGCCUCCGCAUGCAAAAUGCUUCUCUUUCAGUUGACUGCAGAAUUCAAAUUGUAAAGGCUUUGGAAGCAGCAGCAUGCAGGUCUUCUCUCGUCUGGUUCGAAGGCUUUGACUUGGCAAUGCACUCGUCUAUUUCUCCCGCGUGCUUCAUGGCUGUUAAGCCGCAGCAAAUUCCCUGCAGCAGCGCCUCAGCAGGCCUCAGGGGCCCCGCCCAUUUGCUGUCUCCCUCGAAAAGCAGAGCAGCAGCAGCAGCAGCAGCAGCAAGACACGAAGCAGUCCAAAGCGGCGCUCCCUCCACCACCCGCAAUUACUGCUUCUUGAGGUAUUUGCGGCUGAGGGCUCUUGCUGCUUCUCUUGUGGGGCGGAGAGUCAGGGCCUGGUGGAAGCCCACGACGGAUGUCAUGAAAACGGACUUCGGCGGCAGGUACUGGCCGUGCCUCGUGCUGCAUCAAGACCCCUCUUCUCUCGUGCUGCGUGUCCUCUACGACAACGGCGAAGAGGACUUUCUGCAUUUGGCCUCUCUGCAGCCAAUGCACCCUUUUGCCUACGGGGGGGGCUGGGCGCAGCAGCAGCAGCAGCAGCAGGAACAGCAGCAGCAGCAGGACGAGCAGCAGCAGCAGCAGCAGGACAGCACGGAGAGCCUGCCAGCAGUGAGGGAGAAGGAAAGCGCGCCUAGAGAAACCCCUGCAGUGAAAGCGAAGACAGCUCUCAAGCGGCGGCAGCAGCAGCAGCAACAGCAGCAGCAGCAGCAGCAGCAGCAGCAACAGGAUGCGGCUGGCGGCAGCAGCCGCAAAAGCGCACCUGCUGCAGCAAACAAGACAGACUCAGGGGCCCCGCGGAGAAGUCUGCGAGGAGUACCAGCAGUGAAAGUUGAUUUUAGAGACACAGAGUCUGACAGCGAGCAGCAGCAGCAGCAGCAGCAGCAGCAGCGGCAGCAGACUCAGCUAAGCAAGACAAGUCGGCGCCCCUCAGAGGCAUCAGAGGCUUCCUCUGCGGAGUCUGGUUCGGCAGAAGGAGCUGCAGCAGCAGCAGCAGCAACUGGAGCGGCAGCAAGGCGCAGCAGCAGCUGCUGCUGCCGCUGCGGCAAUCCCAGCUCCCCCGGGUACUCGGAGGGCCUCCCGCUGCAGCAGCAGCAAAUAGAAGCAGCAGCGGCAGCACAGCCUUCGAUUUUUGAAAGGCGUUUUCGCUCCUUCGUGCCGGUGAAUAUUUCCCGCAGCAGCAGCAGCAGCAGCAACAGCAACAGCAGCAGCAGCAGCAGGGGCCACCGCCAGCGGCCCCCCGCCUCCAGCUCAGCAGCAGCAGCAGCAGCAGCAGCAACAGCAGCAGCAGGACUCGAAGCUGUCCCCAUUCCCCUAGAAAUUGCUGGCAAUGUGCUGCUGCCAGGAGAGCUUUGUGAAUACAGAGACCCAGAAGAGCACAAGGGCACUGACCCUAGUGACUACGUCGGUAUGGUGAAGCGGGUAUUUCCAGAAGAGCCCUUAUACGAAGUGGCCUGUAUUUACAACUGGGGCUUCGAGCCUGUGCGCGUCAGCAGCAAAGACGUGAGGCGCUGCGUUGCUGUCCCUGCGGACUCGUGGGCUGCGUGGCAGCUGUCUUUGUGUCGAGAUGGCGAGGCUGUGCACCCUCGGCUGCAGCUGCUGGGAGGAGUUCGGUUUUAUAUGCUGCUGCAGCGGCGCGAGCUGGUGCUGCGGCUGCUGCUGCUGCAGGAGGAGGCUGCGGUGCUGCGGCAGCAGCAGCAGCAGCAGCAGCAACUGAGCGCAGAGUGCCGGAUGCUGCGGGAGCAGCAGCAGCAGCAGGAGCAAAAGCUGCGAGAGGCCGAGGCGCAGCUAACUUGCCUUCUUUGCGCUGAUAGACAAAGAGAACAGCAGCUUAGUCCACUGCCCCUUGUGCCGCGGCGCAGUGGCGCAAAGGGUGGUGGUCCGCAUGGAGGGCAGCAACAGCAGCAGCAGCAGCAGCAACAGCAGCAGCAGCAGCAGCAGCAGCAGCAGCAGCUCGAACAGCAGCAGCUCGAACAGCAGCAGCAGCAGCAGCAGCUCCAGCAGCAGCAGCAGCAGCAGCACAAACAACCAAAGAAGCCACAAAGACACUUGAAGAAACAAGGACUUGAAGGAAAAUAA